CGGCUUGGGUCUAUGUUUUUUCUGUAAAGUUUUAUAUAUGAAUUAUAUUAACUCAGUAGAUAUUAAAAGUAAUGCUUAAAAAUUCUGCUUCAUGUUUUUACGAGUUUAUUUUCUUUUUUUUUUUGAUAUGGCGAGCGCAUAACUUGUCAAGGAUUCACUUUUCAAUCAUUUGUAGAUACACAUCAUGACGUGUUGCCCAGCUACCAACAAACAAACCUUAGUUUAUUACUUUUUACUUUAAAAAAAAAAUAUGUAUACUCAGUCAGUAGCUAGUGAACUUUUCAACAAAUAAAUGAUAAUAGAUACUUCAUUCUUUACUUCUGUGUAUAUCUUAACAAAUAUAAUAUUUUUGAUAAAUUAUUUUAUAAAUCUUUGUAACUUCGCUAUUCAAAGGAUAAACUCUACAUGUUUAAGGUUCCGAUUGCCACUAAGGAUGAUAUAAAUGAGGCCGCAAAACUGCAAAGGCGUUUACAAUUUGAAGAUGAACGAAAAAACAGAAUCUUCAAUGCUAAACAGAGACUCUUCGGCUUGGAUUUGGGCGCACUGGAACGACAAAUUGCCGAGAAAAACAAGCAAAGGCAGGUUGAGUCUGAAUGCGAACGGCGUUAUGAAGACCAGACCCAGCGCCAGCAGCUCGCAAUUUAUGCAAAAUCACUAGAGAUGGAUAAACGAAAACGUGUUGCCGAAGCAGAUCUCAAUUAUUACCGUUGCCGUUUUCAGCGUAAAGAUCAGCGCCGUGAAUUUGAUUUAAACGAUCCAAAUAGGAUCAAAAGUGCUUUGCCGGCACGCGUGGCCGACGACGAUGUACGCCUUGGAAUUUCUAGUGCACAAAUUUUCUCGGGUGAAGAUCUGGGCCAUAGUGAGCGAAAAUUGCGUCAGCGUGCUCAGCAGCGUGCAUGGUUAGAUCAACAAGUUCAAGAACGUAAACAAGCUGAAGAAGAUCGCAUCAAGGCCGAUUUAAUAAUGCAGGAAUCAAUAGCAUCUCGGGAUAAACGUCUUGAAGAUAUGGCAAAUGCAGAGCGGAAAAUACGUAAUCAAAUGACAGCAGCUAUUUACGAUUUUAAUACGCAAUUAGCAAAAUCUAAGAGAUUCGAGCGUGUUCGUGAAAAAAAAGAGAAAAACGAAGACGAUUUAGCUGAAAUCUAUAAUAUGCUCACUAGUGAUAUGUUAACUGAAAAUCCGGAUGCAGCACAGUCAAGGACAGAUCCAACAAAAAAAAUCGCUUUUAUGUACCGAGGUAUGUCUGCUGAUGAGCUGGCUAAAUUCCAUGAGGAACAGUUACAACAAAAAAUUACCAACAAAAAAAAGCAAACUGAUCAACAGCUUAUGGACAAACAGUGGGAACAGUAUGCUCUAAAUAUGGAUCGAGAAUUGAUGUUAAAGCAGUUGGAGUUGGAAAGAAAUCAAAAACAACUACUGGACGAUCACAUACGAUACAAUGCGCGGCUUGCAGUGGAGCAAAGAAAGCAAAACGAGAUGUCGAAUAAGGAUUUAAACAAAAAUUAUGUAUCUAAAGAGUUUUACGACCAGUUCAACAAAACUUCACGUUGAAAAGAAAUUAUAUCGUUACGAUGUAUUUUAUAAUUAUUAUAUCGGAAAACUAAUAAUAAUAAUAAAUCAAAUUUUAAGAUGAUAUAUGAUUGUCUGAAACAAAAACAAUAACAACAACAUUCAAUCCAAUAAAUUAUUUCCUAUAAACUAUAUUUAGCCUUUAGAGAAAUGUAGAGAUGGCCAUGUUAUUACAAUUUGCUUACUUUCAACGAAAUACGGACAAUGGUUGAAAAUUAUUUCUACUAAAAAUACACAAAUGGCAGCAGCUGAGCAAAUCAUCCCUUAUGUUCAGUUAAUGUGCUAGGGGUGAAAAACUCAUGUGGCGGGAAAACAGACAAUACAUUUGAAAAGUAUGUAUUUGGGCUAAUCAAUUCGUAUUCGAAAUGACCUUUGAGUUAACUUCUUCUUUUAAUUAUAAAAAUAUGGUUAUGAAAAUAUAUUUUCAAAAGUAUCCUCUAUAAUUGCACCAUGUUGUGGAGACAAUUUUGAAAUACUUGUAGUAGAAUAAGUGUUUUAUUGGGCUAAUGCAAUAUUUGAUUAUUUUUUGGAAUUAAUUUUUGAUUAUUUUUUGGUAAAUUCUUGGACAUACCUCACUUUCAUGGAAAUAUUCCAA